AUGGGUGCCGUGUGCUCCAGGAACAAUAGGAACAACGACAACAACAAUAGCGACCGUCCGAACCGGGCGCUGCGUCGGCCGCGGCCCAGGACCCCCGCGGUCAAGCGGGUGAGGGACCCGUCGACAUCGCCCGAGUUUUUGGACUCGCUGCUGCCCCCGCCCGACACCCUGCUCGCCUGCUCGGUGCGAUGCGUGGCACAGAGCCUGGAGGGUUGGCACGAGCGCGAUGAGGACGAAGGCGACAUCGAGAACAUCGACACCGACGACGAGGGCGACGUAUCACGCGUCGACCUGAGCGUCCUCCCGUCGGACCUCAGCCAGCGGGUCUUCGAGGACCUGGUCCAAACGCGCCGGCUGACCGCGCGGGUGACUGGCGAUUUCAUCGGGUGCCACCUGACGGAGGCCAACCUUCGGUCGUACCCGGGCUUGACCGACGACUGGCUCGCGGUUCUCGCAACCUCCGCGCCGAACCUGUCCUCCAUCAACCUGUCCGGGUGCGCGGCGCUCACCCCCGACGGCUUCAACGCCCUCGCCGCGUGCGUCGAGCUCGAGUCGCUGGAUGUGAGCGAGUGCCCGGGCGUCAACGACAACGCCCUCGCGGCGGUGGCGUCCAUGUCCCGGUUACGACGCCUGGCGUGCGCGGGUUGCGACGGUAUCACGGGCGCCGGUCUCAGGUACGUCUCCGGCGCGACGAAACUGAGGUGCGUCAACCUGGAGCGGUGCAACGGCCUGACGAACGGGCUGGUGUACCUCAGCGGUUUGACCGAGUUGGAGCGACUCGACGCCGGGUGGUGUAACCACGUCGACUCGAACGACGUGACGUCUCUGAGAAGUCUGAAGAAGCUGAAGCACCUAAACCUGGCGAGAACCAAGGUGGACGACCAAGGAGUGGCCACCAUCGGCUCGCUGUCGGCGCUGGAGACGCUCAACCUCGCGGGUUGCAGAAUCACAGAUGGAGCGUGUUUCCUGCUCGGCGGCUUGACGGCGCUCAAGGAACUCUCGCUCGAGUGGUGCAGGGUCGGGGACGGCGGGGUCAGACGGCUCGCUUCGCUGGCGAAACUCGAGGUUCUAAACCUCGGGUACUCAUCGGUGACCGACGAGGGUGUGCAGCACCUCGCGCCGCUCGUCAAGCUCCGCGAGAUUGACCUGGACUCGUGUCAGGUUGGGGACGACGCAUGUAAGGCGCUCGCCGAGUGGCCCAACCUCGAGGACGUCAACCUGAGCGACACCGCCGUGGGUAACCUGGGUCUAAAGCGCAUCUCGAAGCUCACCCGGCUGCGCAGGGUCAACCUGAGCUACAGCAACGUGUCGGACGACGGCGUGAUGUACCUGGAGAACGCGGCGUCCAUUCGGUCCCUCUCGCUGGACACGAGGAUGGUCACCGACGAGGGCCUCGGUUACCUCGCCAAGCUGAAGGACAUAGAGGAGCUGGACCUGUUCGGGGCGAGGAUAACGGACGAGGGCGCGAAACAUCUGCGCCACAUGCCGCGGCUCAAGACGCUCGAGCUGUGCGGAGGGGGUAUAACGGACGCGGGUGUCAAACACAUCGGCGACGCGUGCAGGGAGUUGACGCUCCUGAACCUGGGCCAAAACUUUCGCAUCUCCGACGCGGCGGUUCCGUUUCUCCUGCAACUUCACAAGCUGGGUUCGCUCAACUUGCAGUACAGCAGGAUAUCCAACGAAGGCGUGACGCAGCUGUCGCAGCUAUCGAACCUCACCACGCUGGCGCUGAAGGGGUGUAAUCGCGUGUCGCAAGCAGCCGUGGAGGAGCUGAGGGCGAAGUGUCCGAGACUUUCCGAGGUUGGGUUGGACAACGCGACCGCCUCCGCGUGAUGCGGUGACCGACUGGCGCGCCGCGCCCGAAAUUUUCUUUUAGCACAAAGACCUCGAAUCUCGAGGCCAACCUUGACGCGCCGACCUCUCGUUGUGCGCUGUGUAAUCUAUCGACAAUGUCGUCAAAUCAAUAAAAUGUCAGAGACUAUCGUG